CUAAGAGGCAGAAUUAGCUUCUGGAAUCUCGUGCACUUGUUUCCCUCGCUCCCAGGAAAGAGGUGACAGUAGGAAGAGGGGGAAAACACAGAGAGAAAACACAGAGACGGAUUAAAAGGAAUGUGGAAAGAGAAAGAGACUGUGAGGAAGAUGAAGAAGCUGAACAUCAAGCUGCCUGCUGUUUGAUGCAGCCACUCUGUGGGCAUGUGACAGCCGGUGCCGAGCAUUUCCCUCUCCACUCUCCAGCUGACUGGUGUGAGGUCUGCGCUCAUGUCGUUCUCUUUAUUUAUCUCUUCACAGUAACGUGAGCACACUUUAUUUAUUCCACUCAAAGAGGACCUUUAUGUGUUUAACUUUAUGCUGGCUGACACACUGACCUUUGGACUCUCUACUGGACGAAGGAUCACUUCGAACCUCUUGGAGAACAGAGGCGAUCAAUGUGGGGCUCAGGAAGUGUAAACCGACCGGGGCCGGUCCCUGCCUUCCUCAGGAGCCCAUCUGUCAUCCCACCCCCGCUGGACAUGAAGCCCUUCCUCCAGUUUCCCCUGGAGUCGCCUCACCCAGCCACCAUCGGCCUCUUCCACAACUUUAACACGAUGGACCCUGUCCAGAAGGCUGUGAUGACGCACACCUUUGGUCCGCCUAUGGUGAAGACAAAGCGGCCAAUCAUCUCCUGCAAUGUCUGUCAAAUACGCUUCAACUCAGAGAGCCAGGCAGAGGCCCACUACAAGGGGAACCGUCAUGCUCGCAGGGUGAAGGGGAUCGAGACAUCCAAGACAGCUCGUCUCCAAGAUGGCGACAAGCAGCACCCUCCCCCUACUGCUUCACCCUCCCCACCAGGCCCCUCACCAUCUAGCCCUGAGCCUGAUCCUAAUAAACAGGAUGACACCCAAUCCUGUCCCAACUCUAACAAAUCACCUUUGACCCCUAGCCGCCUUCCAACACCCACACUGAGCUCUGCAGAUGCAGAGUGCCCCCUCUUGCCUUCUGUUAGCACACCUUUGCCAUCCUCUCCCUCUCCCACUGCGGCCCUCAGUACCCCCCCUGCAGAUCCAGCAGCUGCUGGUCUUCCUGACACCCCGUCCCCGGCACCCAGCCCUUCUUCAGGAGAGUCAGAGGAAGAGAAAGCCAAGAAGCUUCUCUACUGUUCCCUGUGCAAAGUAGCAGUUAAUUCCCUCUCACAACUGGAGGCACAUAACAAAGGUACCAAACACAAAACCAUUCUGGAGGCUAGAAGUGGACUGGGACCCAUUAAAGCAUACCCACGUCUGGGUCCUAAACCCAGCCCAGAGCAGGGAGGGGAGCUGUCUUCUGACCCCAACACUCAGGAACGCACCUUCCACUGUGAGAUUUGCAACGUCAGAGUCAACUCUGAGCUGCAGCUGAAACAGCAUAUAUCUAGCCGUAGGCAUCGGGAUGGCGUUGCGGGAAAACCCAAUCCUCUUCUUAGUCGGCACAAGAAGCGUACAGACUUCAUGGAACUUCCAAAAACUCUGGGAGCUGGACUUUUACCAAAUCCUCUGGCUGUUGCCGCAGCAAUGGCAGCCGCAGCCUCCUCCAAUCAGCUGGCAUUACGUGCUCCUUGCCCAACCUCCCACCCUCAUCCCCAUCACCACCUCCUACAGGGAACACCCCUCAGCCUGCUAAGGCCCGCCCCAGGCCCCAUCCGCACCACACAUGGGCCGAUCCUCUUCACUCCUUACUGACGGUGAGAGAAUGGGGACGAAUCAGGAAGAAGCACACUGUGAAGUGGAGGCCUGCAACCACGUGCCAUCAAGAGCCAGCUGGUGAGGCUCCAGCUGCUGUAUCAUUAGAAUAAGAACAGUGAACAUAAAUAUGACUCUUCAUGGUGCAUACUGUGGUUGCAGACCACUGCUGUUAUGUUAACAGGGAGAACCAGAGUAACUGACGCCUCUCAGACAUUUCAAAGAGACUGUAUGUUUCCAUCCUCCCCAGUUUCCCUUCAUCAGUCAACUAUCUGCCAAUCAUCGAGUAGACUCCGCAGAUAGUUUCAAGAGGAACUUAUAAAUAAGUUUCUAUCAAGCAUGGACUUCUUGAGCAUCCUCCAAACUGCAACUGACUGAUUAUCUUCAUCUAACAUAUGAUCCACUGUAUCUGACUCAAAACCCUACCUCUUUUAUGAUUUUAAUGUUCAUCUCUGCAAGAAUACAUUACAUAUCUAAAGCAUCAAUGUUAUCAAAAACACGCCCGCUGGGUUAGAUAUAGUAGUUGCCUCUGAUAUUAGCUGGUAUCAUAAUGUAGCUGUCACAGUAUAGUGGAUAUACCACUGUAAAGUUCUGUUUUUGUGGCCUAUAAAGAGAAAAAGGUACGGACAAUUUCCGUACCAUUUCUGCAGUUACUGGCAAACAUUUCUCUGUACUGUAUGUCUACAUUUUCACAGCUGGCCUAAAUGGUCUAUAUUUACUUAUGUGGGACAGAAAGGGGAAGUCAAAGAGGAACAGCAAAAGGUAGACAUUUACACUGAGUCUUAAAACUGAACUGAUGUGUAUGUCACAUUAACGGAUUGGCAAAGAUUUACUUGUGAAGAAGGAAUCUGAACUGGUACACUAUGCAGCUAUAAGUGUUUAUUCUACCAGUCUGUGUAAAAUGCAGUAAGGUUGGAGAAAAAGGACACAACGUGAGGAAAAACCCAGGCUGUUAGUGUCUUUAGUGAAGGUCAAGAUGUACUGACUGCAGUUUAAUAGUUCCCAUGAUGAUGUUCUCCCUGAAUGGCCACUGACAACAACCAUGUGCGUUAGUCCCACAAAGCACACAAGUAUAAAUCUGUGGUGAAAUGUCAUUUAAAUGGCUUAAAUGCAUUUAAAAUUAUGGUCUAUCUUUUUUUUCUUUAAUCUGCACCUCACUGUGCACACAGAAAAGUUUUAGUGUCUUAAUUAAUAGUUUCAACACUGUGAGCACAGCAGGACAACAAUUGAGUUAUGACUUUAGUGGCAGGUCUUUGCAUUAUGUGCACAUUUAAAUAUCAGACAACAUUUUCAAACAGUCCCAUACAAGGGAGUGUGGAAGACAGUGGGAUGAAAGACACCAGCAAUAUGUUACAGAAGGAAAAGGACCACAUACACAGAUGAGUAGAUGUAUGCAAAAAAACAACAUUUUUGGUAGUAUUAUAGGCUUGUAGUGGGAUAAAAAUGUUUAGUUUGUCUGCUCUGCCUCGUGUGCUCCGAACCCCACAUGGCCCCUGACUAUCCCUGUGAAACUGUCAUGAUGGCUUGUGAAACAUUAGAGGGAAGCUUUAGGAAAUGGAAACUGUAGCAAUACUUUAAGCACUCCUGCUUACUUUUCUUGUUAACUGCAAUAAAAAAGACAAUGUCUACAAAUGUAUGAAUUGUUAUUUAGGAGAAGUGUAUUGAAACAUUACUGUAAAUGCAGAUUAUUUAGAAAUAAUGAGAAAGGGUACAUGUUGGGGCUUCCUCAUUGUUAAAUUAAAAUCAAAAUUAUAUAUAAAAUCAUUAAACUGAAUUUAUGGUUGUAAGCAAUGUUGAUUGGUGAUUUUUUUUUCUUCUUUUUUUUUCCAAAUGUAAUGAAAUAUGACAAUAAC